UCCGAAGCCUGCUAGAUUGCCGCUGCAGCCCUUCGUUUUCUCGUUCCAUUGCCCUGCCGGCCGCCGCCAACCCCAGCCCCCGUUCUCCGGCCCGCCGCGCAUUCCUCUCCCUCUCUCGUGGCAACGACGAGCGACAAGUCGCUGGCUCGCUGCCGCCCUACGCCAGGUGCUCCAGGUCUUCUUCGGUCCCUUCGCCGGCGACGAGCACUGCCAGGAAUUUGAUCUUAUAUAUACAGACUUCAAGAUGUUCUCGGCUCCAGGCAACAAUUCUUUGGCUCUUGUAGCCCCACGACCAGGGAUGGAGCUGGCUAAUGUUCAACAUCCCAAUCAGGCUCCAGGGCCUGGAGGCAAACAGCGCACAUCCAGCCUGGAGGCACCGAUAAUGCUACUUACAGGUCACCAGAGUGCUAUCUACUGCAUGAAGUUCAAUCCUGCAGGAACUGUGAUAGCAUCAGGUUCCCAUGACAAGGAUAUCUUCUUAUGGUAUGUCCAUGGUGAAUGUAAGAACUUCAUGGUACUGAGAGGGCACAAGAAUGCUAUUCUUGACCUUCAGUGGACUACUGAUGGGACCCAGAUCAUCUCUGCAAGUCCUGACAAGACUGUGAGGGUCUGGGAUGUUGAGACUGGCAAACAAGUUAAGAAGAUGGCCGAGCACUCAUCAUUUGUCAACUCAUGUUGCCCAGCACGGAAGUGGCCACCUCUUGUGGUUAGUGGUUCAGAUGAUGGUACAGCAAAGUUGUGGGAUUUGCGCCAGAGAGGGGCGAUACAGACUCUUCCUGACAAAUAUCAGAUCACAGCUGUUAGCUUCUCAGAGGCAGCAGAUAAGGUAUUCACUGGUGGCCUUGACAACGACGUCAAGUGGUGGGAUCUUCGCAAGAAUGAAGUGACAGAAUAUCUCAAAGGACAUCAGGACAUGAUCACUGGGAUGCAGCUUAGUCCUGAUGGAUCUUACCUCCUCACCAAUGCAAUGGAUAACGAGCUCAAGAUCUGGGAUCUGCGCCCUUACGCACCAGAGAACAGGAACAUCAAGACUCUUACAGGUCACCAGCAUAACUUUGAGAAGAACCUUCUGAAGUGUAGCUGGUCGCCGGAUAACCGCAAGGUCACUGCUGGGAGCGCAGACCGCAUGGUCUACAUCUGGGACACAACGUCAAGGCGCAUCCUGUACAAGCUUCCUGGGCACAAUGGUUCUGUCAACGAGACUGCUUUCCAUCCCACCGAGCCGAUCAUUGGAUCUUGCGGCAGUGACAAGCAGAUCUAUCUUGGGGAACUUUAAGGGACUAUCAGUUCUUUUUCAGCUAGAAGAUGUUCUUGUGACACUUUGGUGAGUAGGAGAAAAGGAGGCAUCCUGUUCAUUUGCCAGAGUUGGAGUACUCGUUUGGCUAUCAGGAUAUGGAUGUCAUUUGUAGAUUGUCUUAGCCUAUUCAGCCCAGUUGGGUCUGUGGUCUGCCGUUCACAAACUGCUCCAUGCUUUGUACCUUCUGGCAUUCUGAUGUUAAACUUGAUGCCAUGCUUGAAGGUCACUGAUUGCAUGUACUGUGUCUAGAACCAUACUCUCCAAAAACUUGCCCGCCUUAGUGCUGUAUGCCAUAUUGUUAUCUUUUCUAGUCGUCUGAAACUAGUUGGAGAAGUGAUACCGCCUUCCUGGCACGAUUUGAAAUGUAUCUCUCAAAAUUCUCCUUGUUCUGUGCUUGUGCUCUUUGCAACAAUUGUCGGUGCUGGAGAGUUAACAGCUGUUUUAUUA